UCCCUCCAUGGCCCCGAAGGCGCCGCAGCGGCCCCCGGAAGAGACGCUGUUGCUAUGGAAGCGGGAGCAAGCCCGGCUGCGGGCCCGCGUGGUGCAGCGGGACACGGAGGCAUGGCAGCGGGAGCCCGGCUUCUCGGGGCUGCGCAGGGUCGGCGGCGUGGACGUGUCCUGCGUGAAAGGGGACAGCGUCCGCGCGUGUGCCUCCCUGGUAGUGCUGAGCUACCCCGAGCUGCAGGUGCUGUACGAGGAAAGCCGCUUGGUCAGUCUGACGGCCCCCUAUGUGUCCGGCUUCCUGGCCUUCCGGGAGGCGCCCUUCCUGGUGGACGCGGUGCAGCGGCUGCAGGAGAAGGCACCCGACCUCAUGCCGCAGGUCCUUCUUGUGGAUGGCAACGGGGUGUUGCAUCACCAAGGCUUUGGGGUGGCUUGUCACCUCGGCGUCCUUACGGAUCUGCCGUGCGUUGGAGUGGCCAAGAAGCUCCUGCAGGUGGACGGCCUGGAAAAUGAUGCCCGACACAAGGAGCAGAUUCAGCUCCUGCGGGCCGGCGGACAGACCUUCCCGCUUAUCGGAGGCUCUGGGUCCAUCCUGGGAAUGGCCCUGAGGAGCCAUGACCACAGCACCAAGCCACUCUACGUGUCCGUGGGCCACCGGGUCAGCCUCGAGACAGCCGUGCGCCUCACCCACCUCUGCUGCCGCUUCCGGGUCCCAGAACCCGUGCGCCAGGCUGACAUCCGUUCCCGGGAACAUGUCCGCAGGACCCUCGGGCUGCCCGUGCCUGGACAGCUGAGUGUCAUGACCAGGGCCCAGGAGGUGCCUAGGCCCAGCAGCAGCUCCACAGAGCCUGAGGGUGAGGGUGACCCCCUGAGGACCACAGCCGAAGUGCCAGGACAGACCUGAAACCCCGCUCCAGGACGAUGCCACGAGGACAGGGACUGCCCCGGGACGGUCGCCAUGGGCCACGGGGACUCACCUCCAUCACUGCAGGAGGGGCAGCGGCCUCCAAAGACGCCGAGCACUACACCCCUGGGUGUGCAGCCCGCUCCAGGCCAGCCAGGCUGGGGCCAACAGCACAAGGAGGCUCGGGGUGCAGUGGCCCGGCGGGCCCAGCUGCCU